ACAACAAAAUCUCAUCCUUAGAAAACAACACAAUCAUUUUGUCUUUCUAUUUGCUCUGUCUAAAACAGAGCUCUCAUAUUGUCAUUUGACUCUGUUUCCUCUGUUUUCAUGCUUCCAAUCAUCAAACCCCUCACAAAAUCUACUACUCUGAUAGUAGUGCUACCAAUAUUGGCUCUGAUCAGAGACAUGGUAGGUUACCAAGCCUUGACAAAAAUCCGAUUCGUUUUCGAGUGAGAACCACACAAAAUCCUCAAAACCCUUUUCAGGAUUUUCAUUGAUUUCUUCUCUCAGAACCCCAUUUUUUAAAAAGAGAAAUGAAUUCAAUCAAUUUUUAUGACAUCAAAGCUGAGAAGGCAAACACCUUAUUGAGGUACCGCCAGCUUCGAAAGAUUGCAAACCUUUUUCGGUUGAUAGAGGUGCUUGUUGUUCUGCUCCUGCUUUCCAGGUUUUCUCUUCAGCUCCCUCAUGCUGUCAAGAACUCUGGCUUCUACUUCCGGGACAUAUCAGGCUUCGUGGUCAGCCCUCGCUUCGUGUUCGUCGUUGGAAAUGUAAUAGUCAUCAUUCUCUUCGUCAAGUCCGGCAGGUUUUCAGGUAAAGACUCCAGCGCAGGAGCUGAUCUUUACGAUGAGUUUGUUCACAACAGCGAAAAGAACCAGAAGAUUCGCAGCGAUGCGAUCGAAUACCACGCCAUACAGAGCAGAGCUGAGGACAGCACAGCUUCUGAGAAGGCUCAUACUAUUUCUGGGGAAAUCAAGAACUUUACAAGGAGCCAAUCAGAGAACUUAGAGCGUGAGGCCUGCAAGAAUUCACGGCGUUUACUGAGGCGGUCGGAGACAGAAAAAUUCAAGAAAAGGGUUGAAUCUGGUGAGAGAUUGGCAGAGAGUGCGUACCCUGAAGACUCCAUGAGUAAUGAGGAGUUUCGCUCCAAGGUUGAGGCUUUCAUUGCCAGGCAGCAAAAGUUUCGACUUCACGAAGAAUUCUCUGUAAACUAGUGCGAAUUAUGGGAUGGUAAAAUCUAGAAGUUUCUGUUUUCUUUUCUUUUUCCCUUUCUUUUCUUUUGGGGGAGGGGGGGUGUUUCUAUAAGUAUUUGCACAUUGCUAUAUCAGAAGUGCAAUGUAAAUUCUUAUAGCUCUGUUCAUAUUUCCCUCAAACUGAUAUAUCAAUAGUUCUAGUAGCAAAAGCAAUUAUGCUACCUGUUUAGCAA